UGUUAAACGCGAGAGGACAAAAUGACGGAUUCUCACAAAUAAUCAUCAGAGAAGCAUUUAACAACACAUUUCAGCGGUAGAUUUAUAUCAUUGUACCGCAUGCGUUGGAAUCUGUUUGUUCUCAGCCAUAAGUGAGGUAUAUCUAAACAAUGUCUUGGUCAAGUGAACUCCCGCAGGAGCUUCUGUGUCGACCGACAGGCCUGGUUGUCCUGACUGGACUUGACGUCACCUACAAUGCUGUACAUAAACUCAUCUGGGACUCGUUUUGUAACAACCGUCGUCCAGACAGAGUUCCCCUGCAAUUCCGAGUCAGGGAAGGGGACUAUGAAUAUCCUAAGUGCAAAUCUAAGAGAACGUCGUACGAGUGGUACAUCCCCAAAGGUGUACUGAAGACAUCAUGGAUGAACAAGCACCUGAAUGAGGUUCCUGCAGUGGUGGUGAUCUUCUUCGACCUGGACUGGGAUGAGACCAUGUGGAAGGAGAGGCAGAUGGAGUGUGCAACACGAGUGGAGAUUGUCAGGAAUAGCCUGCAUGCUCGGGGCACGAAGGUGGCGGUCGUCCUCAUACAGAGAAACACACCUCUCCCACCAGGUGAGGAUGUUGUUGCGGCGGAAAGAGCUGCAUCUAUAUGCAGUAUGUGUGACAUAUCGGCCAAGUCUCUGUAUGUCCUGCCCCACACCGACCAUCUCAUCGGCUACACCAUCAGACUUGAGAAUGCCUUCUAUGAGCUGGCCCAAGGCUACUACCACACUGAAGCCAGGAAGGUGAAGUCCCACAAGGACUUCCUCAACAAGACCACACACCAGUUGCUGUUUGUCCGUCACCAGUUCAAGAUAGCCUUCUUCAAUGAGUUGAAACAGGACACCCAUACUGCCCUCAAACACUACAAACAGGCCUAUGGUCACAUCCUGGACCUGCGCAUGUAUGAUACAAACAUGAUGGAGAUCAAGACGAUAGCCGGAUUUGUCAAUUACAAGAUCUGUCGGCUAUCGUUCCAACACAACGCUCCUCUAGAUGCCAUUGCUCAGUUCCGGAAACACAUUGACUUCUUCAAGAGCAAACCAAGCACAGCUGAACUGGCAUUUGAACACAGUGCCUGGAUGUCUAAACAAUUCCAGGUGUUCGGUGAUCUGUUUGACGAGGCGAUUAAGCUGGGCCUGACAGCCAUACAGACUCAGCACCCCGGGUUCUACUACCAGCAGGCUGCCAACCACGCCAUCGCCCGAAAACACCUCUGUGAAGAACUAUGCCAGCCAAGCAGUGAGCCACCCACGCCAGACCCGUUCCAAAACGUGUCUCGGCUGGAAUACUACGGCCAGCGACCCUGGAGACAAGGCCAUCAGAGUAUUGACCCCCCUGAUGCCCAGAAGGAGAAGGAAGGGAUUACAGGCUUGCAGUGUCUGGAGAAGCAAGUCGACCACUCUUGGCUGAUAAUCCCCCUGUUGAGCAGUGCUGUCAGUCAGUUCAAGAAGUACAAGUCUCCCAGACUGAAGAGGAGUCUGAUGGUCCAAAUGGGAGAGGAGUACUUCCACGCCAAAGACUACAGUAAGGGACUGAUGCUGCUGAACAAGGUGAUGUGGGACUACCGAGUGGAGCGCUGGUGGAUUUUGCUCACCUCCAUCUUGUCACUGUCUCUCAAGUGUGCCUACCUCACUGCAAGACUCCAGGAAUAUGUCUCCAACUGUAUCGAGCUCAUCGGAAAAUAUUGUCUGUGCAGCCCUGAGGAGAAGACUCGAAUUCAGAUGAACCUGAUCCGAGUCAUGUCUAAUGACCUUCCUGAGCCGGAACCUGUUUUAGAGAAGGAUGGGUUAGAGGCUGCCCACACGGAGUGGACAGAGGCCAUGUUGGAGCCCACGGUCUUCACGGUGGAGAUGCAGAGUCUCGUUCCGUUCGUGGAGUGCAAGGCCAGGUUCCUCGGGGAGACAGUGUCUGCUGACAAUGAGAUCACUCUGGAGGUCUGUCUCAGAGUCAGCUGUCCCUUCCCAGUUCGCUUUUCCAAGCUGUCGAUUCUCUUCAACAACCAGGCGUACAAUGAACACUGUGAGAUGACGGACACGCGGGGGAUGAAUGCCGCAACUGAGGGGGACAGUGACGGUGGUGACCUCUAUCUGGUGCCAGGGAAACUCCGGAUCUACAGGUUCACCUUCCUGCCACUGAAGGAAGAUGUCAGGAGCCAGAUUGAGAUAUCAUCAGUUGCCGUGGAGAUGGGAUCAGAAAGAGGCUGCUGUGCUGUGUUGCGGUGGCUUGGUGGUGGCGGUGAUGUCAUUUCCACCCCGCUGUGUGCCCAGGCCAACAUGUCGCGGCGCCAGCACCCGUCCAGCGGGAAGGUGCUGUGGGAGGAGUUCUCCGUCAGCCAUGUUAUCAGAGUGGUCCCCCGGGAGGCCAAGUUGGACCUGCAGGUGGAACACAAGCCUCCCAGCCUCCUCAAUGAGUUCUACAAGUUCAAUGUUACCAUCACAAACAAGGAAACGGAGACUAUCUCCGACGUCAGAUUGUCAGCAGGUGUGCAUGAGGCACAAGAAAGUGCACAGCACGAAAAAACAAGUAAGCUUGAAACUAAACCAGAACUGUCACCAACAGCUCACAUCAGUUUUGACCAGCCGGAAUUUGAUGGCCGAGUGAUGUCGGAGAAGAUGGACAUCGACCUGGGAACCAUGUUGCCAGGACAACAGAUUCUGAGGACAUUCUACCUGAAAAGUUUGCAGUCAGGCAACAGAACAGUAUUUACUAAGGUGCGGUACAACAUCGAGGUGGAACACCGGAGUGACAGAAUCAGCUGUGUGUGUGACAAGGAGGAGACCAUCACACUAUCCAUCAUCUCUCCCUUCGAGGUGUCCAUCAAGCUCGAGUCCAUGAAGUUCGAGCCAGUUGAUGUGGUACAGGCAGAGGAGCCAUUCCUUUUGAUGCCCGAGAUACGAUGUACGUCAGCGUGGCCUAUUGAGAUAGAGACCAGUGAAGUACAGCUGACUGAGUACAUCAAGACAGCCAGUGACAUGUUUGAGUCGCAGAUUGAGGGAGUUGGCUUAAAGAAGAACGAGUGUGCCGCUGAGUGUCUGUGCCUGCUAGCCGAAGCGUCUGUCCAUCUGUCUGUCACGCUCGGUACCUACACAGUCAACUGGCGGAGGAAGGCUGACAGUGACACCGCCAACAUCCCCUACGUCACCACCUCCUUCCCCCUGCCUACCGUCAACAUCGAACACAUCCCCAUCUCAGUGCGGCUGCAACUACCCGCGUUCGGCUGCGUGAAGACUCUGCUGUCGCUGUGCUACGUCAUCAAGAACCGGACUCCAUACCUGCAGGAGAUGGAAGUCUCCAUGGAUGCCAGUGACAGCUUCAUGUUUGCUGGCAAUAAACUGAUCCACUUCCGUGUUCUCCCCCACAGUGACUACCAGCUCAUGUACAACCUCUUCCCGCUCAUCGCGGGUCAUGUGACCCUUCCCAAGCUGCACGUCAACAUGCUGCGCUACCCGGGAACCAUGGAUGAGAUCGUGCAGAAGAUGCUGCCGACAUCCAUAUUUAUCAAGCCGACUGGAAAAUCCUUGGUGAUGCCUGCAUGAAGUCAAAUUGUUAGAGAGCUCUCCUUGAAAUGUCAGCAAACAGAGAUACAUUUCUGUUGAUGAAGCUAUGACAUCAACAGUUCAUCAAUAGAGCAUUUUAAUAUGCCUUCUUAGAGAGCACUCAGUGCUUUGUUGUAACAGUUUAUGAGACGACUGUGACUUGAAGUUAUCAUAUCUUGUACAUUGUGUAUAAUGUUUGUUUUUAUUUAUUCUAUGCUUGUUAAUUUGGCGAUUUGUAUAAAUCAGUCUUCAGUGGAUCAUUAAGAUAUACAUUCCUUGAUUGACUGAUUCAUAUGUGAUAUGAAUUUAUUGUUGAAAGCAGAGGAGAUCUGCGCAUGUAGAGUUCAAAGUGAAGAUUUACACUAGUAUUAUGGAACAAUACUAGGGCUGAAGUCUCAAGUUAAGUGAGGUUAAGGUACCCUGUUCGAAGAGAUUAGUCGAUUGAGAGAGUAGUGGAUGGAUGGAGAGGGCCGUGGUUGGAGAGAGUAGUGAUUGGAGAGGGUAGUGGUUGGAGAGAGUAGUGAUUGGAGAGAGUAGUGGUUGGAGGUGGUAGUGGUUGGAUGGAGAGGGCAGUGGUUGGAGAGGGUAGUGGUUGGAGCGGGUAGUGGUUGGAGAGGGUAGUGGAUGGAUGGAGAGGGUAGAAUAAGCGUUAUGUUCAGCCAUCUCAGGUCCGGGGUAUUUAUCAAGGUUUGGCCCUGUCCUUACUGAGUGAGCUUCCAUCUAUGUGGAGUCGGAAUGUCUUUGUUGAAAUCUUUAUUACUGAACAUGCUGAAAGCAGUUUUAAAAUGUUUCACCAAGGAAAAGAGUUAUCCUUUAGUGUAUCUCAUUGAUAAUAGAGCGCAAUAACAUUCCCACAUAUACAACUCCUAUGAAGUUAAGGAACAGCCAAUGUUUUUGUAUUUACUAUGAACAUGAAUUGAUUGGGUUCAUUAACUCCGUUUGAGUAGUAUAUUUACAUGAUCACACUCUAGCUUGUUUGCUUCUCUAAGCAGGACUUUGUGUUCUGUAUGACUGAACAGUUUGAAUGUAUGAAUCACUUGGUAAUAUUGCAAUUUGUCUCUCUCAUGUUGGAUUAACUAUCAUCCAUUGGCCUAGUGUGUCAAUCAAGAGGUGUACAUAUCUGCCUGCUAAUGUUUGUACAUAUUCUGAGAGAGGAACAAAUAUAAGUACUGUUUGUAUACUUGAAUUUAAGGGUAUGGAAAUACUGCAUCUUAGGCACUGUUCCCAUCAGCAAAACAAACCAAAAUAUAUAAAUAUUGCUUGUGUAAAUACACGCUGUAACUGUGCUACAACCUACUGUGUAGUACAUACAUAAAGGCCUCCUGACACACCUGUACUCUAGUCAAUGUGCGAGACCUGUAACUAGUUGUCAGCCUUAUGUCAUCAGUACAUUAAUAUCGUAUUACACAAUGUUAAAUCAUAUACAUUUGUCAAGACUUUAUUGAUGUGCAAUAAAUGUGAUGGAAUUACA